GGCGCCAAAACACUGGUCAAAACAUCAAUAUGGUAGUUUGAUGGGUGCGGGCUUCCUCUUUUGACAUAGUAAUGAAUCAGAUGACCUUUUCAUAUUGAAAGAAUAUAUAUUAAUAUAAAAAUCUAAUCAUAAACAAUGUGGAGAUCCUCAGUUGUCGCAGCAUCAAAUCGUAUAUUUCCUGGACUCAUACAUCAUGAAAUAGAAGCAAUUUAUCAGUAUAUAGGUAUAGGAAAUGGAUUGCAGUCUAGCUUAUAUUUACAAAUGGCAUUGUAUUUAGGUAUAUGGAUAUAUCCAUUUUGGUUUUUCAUAGAACUUGUUCAUCUAGAUGAGGAAUAUUUUCAUUGGGUUGGUGGAUAUAAAUAUAUAACUGUGGCAGUAUUUAUUGUUGUAUCCAUAUUGCAAGGUGUACGACUGUUUUUAGGAUAUCUUGGGAAUUUGGCACAAAAGAUCCCAGAACUGACAAGCUUUUGGCUUAUAUCUGUUUUCAUAAUUUUCCCUUUGGAAGUAUAUAUCCUUGUCAACAGCAUAACUGCGGUCCGCUUUAGUGAAACGAUCAUAAAUAGUAUUAUGCUACUUACAGUUACCGUGGAAAUUGUAACAGGUGCACUGACUUUAAACAGAUUUGCAAAUCAUUAUACUAAAAGAUUCUACGUUGCACAAUUAUUAGGGAUUGAUGAUAAGAUAACACAAUAAAACAAAUAACAAACAUGAUGAUAAAGCAUAUUAUCAUAUAUAGCUAUCAUAU